CCUACCAAAGUCGCCCAGUAUCCACCGACAUCGUAUUUCCACUCCUCUUGCGAGCCAAUCCACUUCCCCACGACGCUGUGAGGGUGGAGAGACAUCAUAUAUUCCACCUCCCCGCCCCCGUUCGUGGAGGCAUUAGCAACUUGUUCGUCGGCCGCCCCAAUUAUUCUUCACCACAGGACUGAGGCGAGUAGACUCCACUCCACCAUCAGCCUCGCUCACGGCCUAGGAGACCUAGGAGACUCGCCAGAGGCAGAAGGAGAAAGGAAGCAGGCUGCAGAUCUAGACGCAACCCCCAAAUUCAUCUUUCCUAGAAGGGCCGUGGUAUAUUUGCAUUUGCAUAGGACUCGCGGGCGCGGGUCUUGCAAACUUGAUUUCUGUGCGGUGCAGUUAGUAGUGCCACUGUGCCAGCCAGUGCCAGCCAGUGCCAGUAGUGGCAGCGCCAGCCAGCCCUUCUGAACAUAUAUAUGUCUGGCUUUGGCAACCGACCAUCUCCUCUCUUACAAACCCACCGCACCGCCCAUUGCGUUAUCUGCAACCAAAGCACGAUCUCUGUUACCUUCACCAACCACGGGCAUUUGCCCCGUGCACGAACCACGACCUCGGUGACCACCCAUAGAUUGUUGGCAUCCUGUUGAUACAAAUCGGGGUCGGAAAAGUCAUUCACGACGACAUCAUCCAUGAGGAUUUCCGUCAACUGAGUACUUGUAGGGGUCUAUAUUGAGUCCAAUUGUCGGGAAUCAGCAGCAAGUGUACGGAGUACCUAUACCUCCUUACCACUGAACGGACCAAGACGAACACGCCAUGCAGAGCUUGAAUCACCACCCCCCUCCGCCCUAUCCUCCCCAACACGUGGGAGACACCAUCGAUACGCAGCAGCAGCAGUCGGCCGAGUUUCGAUCCGCCCAAGUUGAGGCGUUCAUGAACCGGGCCGUAGCUCAGAGUCGCUACUAUGACCUAGAGCCUGUUCCUGGAGAUUUGGGUCCAUGGACCCAGCCUAGUGUUGAACCAAGUAAGUUUCAGGUUCAGCUUGUGUUUUUUCUGUGCCACUAUUCACAGUUCUCAAUUUUGCCUGUUUUACUGCCAUUUUGGGAGUUUUGAAUUCUCCGUUGUUGAUUGGCUUAUAUGACCUUCUGCUUUGGAGUUUUGCUGCACUAUUACCCCCUUCGAACAUUCUACAAAAGCUGCCAAGUCAGAUAAGAAGCUUCCAUAUUACCUGACAUCCAGCAUGGGGGCACGAUGACGGAUGUUAGGGAAGACGCAGGGGAACAAGAUUCUGGCAUUGUUUGUUUUCCAGACACUGGUGUUGGGAAGUGGCGGUAUAUCGAGGGCAGAAGACGGAUGCAUCUCUUUUGUUCUCGAUGUCAUCAUUUCUCCUCAUUCUCCACCAUCUCGAACAGUGUCGUUUUCCUUCCUGAUGGAGACAGUUGGUUCUGGAUAGCUUCAAUUCCAUGAUGGACCAUGAAGAAAGAUGACGCGCCGCUCGCGUCCCGGGGAGGGCCACUGCAGGACGUCUACGAUGCGAUACACCUACGUUAUCGAAGAAAUCAAUGCCGCAUCCUCACGACCAUUCACAGAUCUUCGCGCAAUGCCAUCUCCGUCAUCUUCAUGAGUCACCAAGGCCCAAGGACGGUCCCUUUCAUGACACGACCAUGAAAUUCUGCAGCGUGGAAGAUCUCGCACCCGUUCGAACAUCGAUGUGGUAUUUGGCAGUGCUAUCAACAGGGGCCGCGUGAAACUCAGCAUCCCUUUAUAUGGCCCGAGUGGGCGUCUAUAUCCCGCCUACUGCAUUUCGUCAUAAACCUGCAUAUUAGGUGAUUACACGUGACGCAUCACGCAGGGACAUCGGAUGGCAGGCGUGACUUGACCAGCCCCGAGUGAGGCUUGAUCUUGCUCCUCAUUAUUCUUGAAUUGCAUGGCAUUGCGAAUACUUUAUUGGAAAUUCUCUGCCACAGAUUCAAGCAAACUUUUCCAGAAUCACUCUCGAGCUUGGACGUAUCUGAACGUUGCCGAAUGAUGGCGUAAACAGGUGGUGGCUUUUCCAUUGAAAUUCACAACCCUUACUCAUCACGACGAGGACUUCCAUCUUCCAUCUCAUUUUGAAUUACGAGACCUCAAUUACGAGGUUUUGAUAUUCGUCGAUUCCUCAUAAAAUUGAAAUUUCCCUCAUUUCUCCUCAACUGUUCUUCAAAAAACCCCAUGCUUCCUCUUCCCGACCCUCACUAACAAACAACGCAGUUAUCCCAGCUUCACACCAAGCAUCCUUCAGCGCCUGGAACCAACAAGUUGUUCCCCUCACAAACACCUUCACCAUGAAUCCCCAACCCAAUCCCAACGCCCUAGGAGGCUACUACGAAACCUACUACCCAACCCCCUCCUCCUCCACCGAAUCCACCCCUCCCAACGGUUUCGUACCAUAUUAUAUCGACACCACCCACCCUUCUCUCACCACACUCCAACAACCCCACUCAGGACAUCCCAUCUCCCCCUACCCAUCCAUCAUCUCACCUCACUCCCCACAAGACCACCACCUCCACGGCCCCUACCCACUCGACGACCCGGAAGCCGAGCAAAAACGGCUCCGCAACACCGCAGCAUCCGCCCGCUUCCGAGCGAAGAAGAAGAAACGCGAGGCCUCCCUCGAACGAGCAAGUGCCGAGCGUCGAGCCCUCGUAGGAAAACUCGAAGGGCGCGUCAAGGAGCUAGAAGAGGAGAACAAAUGGCUCAAGGAACUUGUCUGGGAGAAGCGAGAGAGGGGUCGGGACCCGAAAUCCCGGGAUCGCGAUGAUGAUGAUGGGGUCGAGGAGGAUAUGGGUAAGCGAGAGGGGGAUCGAAAUGAUGGGGUUGGUACCAAGUGAUGUUUCUCUAAAUGCGGGGGCGUGGAUCAUAGUGUUUUGACAUGCUAUGAACAGCUUCCGGGGUGGGUGGUGGUGGGAUGGGGGGAGUUGGGAUGUAAGGAAGGUGGGAUGUUUUGAUGAUCUUUUCCAGAAUGGUAAUGGGACGACUAGCGGCGACGUUUUUUUUCUUUUCUUUGAAAUUUGGACUUUGGUCAACGCUUAUUUACGAAUUGCGAGGUUGGUGAUGGGGUCAACGGAACACCUACCCUCCUUAGGGCUCUCGCAAAACUCGCUUACAACAAACAAAUGCUCGUUUACAGAACAGCAAUGACGAAUUGACAUGACGAAAUUGACACGGAGUGAUGGAGUAGCUCGGCAGCUCGGUAGCUCGGUAGCUCGGUAGCUCGGACGGGCUCAGGGGAAGG